CUGUCCCUGCAGUGGCCGUGGACUCUCCCCGACACACGCCCAUUGAGACGGAGAGUUUUUCAUGAAUCAGCGCGAUGAGUGUGUUGUGUUCAUCUCUCCAUUAGUCAGAUCAGUUCAGCUCUCAGUACCAGAGAACCAUGACUCGAGCCGUGCUGAACAUCCUCGCCGUUUUUAUUCUCCUUCUGUCCCGAUGCUGCGACGCAAACCGCAAACUCCUGGUGUUUCUGAUCGAUGGCUUCCGUUAUGAUUACAUGAACGAUUUACAGAACUUGGCCGGAUUUAGAGAAAUCGUGGACAACGGUGUGAAAGUGGAUUACAUGACUCCAGAUUUCCCCAGCCUGUCCUAUCCGAACUAUUACUCUCUAAUGACAGGACGCUACUGCGAGGUGCACCAGAUGACUGGGAAUUACAUGUGGGAUAAAGACACCAUGAAGGAGUUCCUGAUUGGAACUAAUUCAGACAGCCGUCUGCCCAUGUGGUGGGACGGAUCAGAGCCGCUGUGGGUCACCAUGCAGAAACUAGGAAAGAGAGUCUACAUGUACUACUGGCCAGGUUGUGAAGUGACGAUUCUUGGAGUCAGACCUACAUUCUGUGAGGAAUAUGUGUACAAUCCUUCAGAGAAGAACCUGACCGACUCCAUGGAGAGCGCUCUUAAUGUGUUAAAGAGCAAUAAAGCAGACAUGGCUGGUAUUUAUUACGAGAAGAUUGAUGUGGAAGGACAUCACUUUGGGCCGUGCUCUCCGGAAAUACAGCGCGCUAUUCGCUCACUGGACCAGGCUUUCCAGAUCCUCAACCAGAAAAUCAAGGAGAAGAAUAUGAGAGAUGAUAUAAACGUGGUCCUGUUCUCUGAUCAUGGCAUGACGGACCUCAAGUGGAUGGAGAAAGUCAUUGAACUGGACAAGUACAUUGACAUGUCGCACAUCAUUAAAAUGAUGGACAGGGGGCCGGUGGUCAGUCUGUGGCCCAAACAGGACAAGUUUGAAGAGAUAUAUCAAAACCUGAGCACAGUGGACAACAUGAAUGUUUAUAAGAAACAAGAGAUCCCAGACCGCUUCCACUACAAGAACGGGAGGUUCGUCUCGACGCUGACGCUCAUCGCAGAGCCCGGAUGGUUUAUCACUGAGAAUAAAGCCAAACUGCCCUUCUGGAAUAACGGCACGGAGGAGGCGGGGGGCUGGCAACACGGAUGGCACGGUUAUGAUAAUGAGUUUAUGGACAUGAGGGGAUUCUUUUUGGCACAGGGACCAGACUUCAAGAUGAACUUCCGCGCUGGUCCCAUCCGAACAGUAGAUGUGUAUAAUGUUUUGUGCAAGAUGCUGGGGAUCGAACCCCUGCCCAACAACGGCUCGUGGUCUCGUGUGGAGUGUAUGAUGAGGAGCUCGGCCGGUGCUGUACGAGCCGCUCUGAUCUACAGCUGCCUGCUGCUGCUGCUGCUGCUGCUGCUGCUGCCACGCUAGAAUACUCCACCACUGCAUCUCACAUCUCACAAACACUAUAUCAGACGGAAGACUGCAAGAUCGCAAAUAUGAAACACAUAUUUUAUGCCUUAGUGUGUGCCAUGGCGUCAGAUAAAUGCCAAUAAAAACAUUUUUAUCAGCUUUUUGCUGCACUGCCUCUACUUUUGAGUUGUAAGUAUUAUUAAAUGCUGAUAGAGUAGAAGAAAGUAUGUUGGUGUUGGAUAAACCAAUUUGCACAUUUCACUGAAAGAUUUAUAUUUUAUAUUUUUAUUUUAAGAUAUGAUCUUUUAUUAUAUAAUUUUCUCCAUGUUCUCCAUCUGUUUUCUGUUGUUUUGUGAAUGGUCUCUGUACACCUACUCAGUUUUGAUAACACAUAGAGCAGGUUUUUUUCCCUGAUUACUAUAAAAUUACUUGACUAGUUGGCUAGUAUCACAUCUCGGUCAAGAUGUGUACUGCUUUGAAUGUAA